UCUGCUUUGUGGAGAGGUCAAGGAUGUUUGCUGUUUCUGCCUAUGCUAGCCUGUCCUUACAGUGUGUUUCUCAGGCUUGGUCCCACUGGACCUCCCACUGCUGGAGGUUGGAGUGCUUGUCCAUUCUGUGAGGGUUUAAGUGCAGUUCUCCCCUCUGGUGAAGCUGAGACCAACACCUACUUUCCGAGCAUCGGGGAAUGAAGUAUUUCUGAAGAAACAAGAACUCUGAAAUCAUGGCUGGGAAACCCAAGCUGCACUACACCAAGGGAAGGGGGAAGAUGGAGUCAAUCCGAUGGCUGUUAGCAGCAGCUGGGGUUGAGUUUGAGGAAGAAUUCAUAGAGACAAAAGAAGACUUAGAAAAAUUGCGCAAUGAUGGAGUGCUGCUGUUUGAGCAGGUGCCCAUGGUGGAGAUUGAUGGGAUGAAGAUGGUGCAGACCAGAGCCAUCCUCAGCUACAUUGCAGCAAAGUACAACCUCUAUGGGAAGGACCUGAAGGAGAGAGCCUGGAUUGAUAUGUACGUGGAGGGAACUACAGACCUAAUGGCAAUGAUCAUGUAUCUCCCCUUUCAACCAGCUGAUACAAAAGAAAAGAAUCUUGCCUUAAUCAUUGAACGAGCUACAACCAGGUACUUCCCUGUUUAUGAAAAGGCCUUAAAAGAUCAUGGACAGGAUUAUCUUGUUGGCAACAAAUUAAGCUGGGCAGACAUCCAUCUGCUGGAAGCCAUUUUAAUGGCAGAAGAAUGUAAGCCUGAUGUACUGUCUGCAUUCCCCCUGCUGCAGGCUUUUAAAGGAAGAAUCAGCAACAUUCCAACAAUCAAAAAAUUCUUACAGCCUGGUAGCCAGCGGAAGCCACCAACAGAUGAGAAGUUUGUUGCUGUUGUGAGGAAAAUAUUCAAUAUCUAAUCUGAUGAAAAUAACCCAACUGUAGUAGAUUACCAGAGCUUGCUUUGUAAAUUUCAUAGAUGUGCUCUGUAACUUGCAUCUUAUGGCCAGUGUUGAAACAAUAGACUCUGAAUACACUUUUAAAUUAGAGUAAAAGGCUAAUUUGGAUCUGUUGCAUCUAGAAAGAAGAAUUUCAUGAAGCAGUUAUAUGAAAUAAAAUACGCUGACACUUGGUGUGUGUUCAA